AUGACGUUGCAGUUGUUGGGUGAAUUCAAAUCAAGUUUCUCCUUUAAAUCUGUGACCGAAGGCUGCGCUAAGGCGUAUGGUGAGCUGGAUGGACAGAAGGUUUCUGUCAUCAACACUCCAGGUCUGUUUGACACCAAGACAGACGAAGAGACGACACGUAGAAAUAUAAUCCAGUGUAUGGCUUAUGCUUCUCCUGGACCACAUAUCUUUCUGAUUAUCAUCAAACUGGGCCGACUCACAGAAGAAGAAAAAAAGACGGUGGAGAAGAUUCAGAAAAUCUUUGGAGAGGAAGCAAACAAAUACAGCAUGGUUCUCUUUACCCAUGGUGACCAGCUCAGAGGGAAACCUAUCAAGGAGUUCUUGAAGAAAAGCGAAGACCUGCAGGAGCUUGUGGCCAAAUGUAACAACCAGUACCACGUCUUUGAUAACAACCUCUCUGAUAGUUCUCAGAUCAGAGAGCUGCUCAACAAGAUCAAAAAUAUAACAGAAAAGAACACAGGAAACCAUUACACCUCUGAGAUGUUUCAGGAGGCAGAGAGGGCGAUUGAAGAGAAGAAACAGAGAAUCCUGAAAGAGAAAGAAGAGGAAAUGUGCAAAGAGAGGGAGGAACUAAAGAGGAAAAUAGAGCAAAAAUAUGAGCAAAAGUUAAAGGAAGCUAAGAAAGACACGAAGAAGGCGAAAGAGCUGAAAGAAGCUCUUAAAAAAGAAUUAGAAGAGGAAACAAAAGCACUGAAUGAAGAACAGUUAAAGACGGCUAGAAGAGCAGCAGAGGGCAGCGCUAUAGUGCUCUCAGUGAUUGCUGUUGGACUUGCGGCUGCAGUGCUGUGGGGGCUGG